AUGAGGCACAUCAGCAUUAUUAAAAGUGAAGGGCUAGAGAUAUCACAACCCGCGCUUGAUCCUGUUAAGUCAGUUGUUCACCACACGAUAAUUGCUAGUAAAAAAAAUGGAAGGGAGAAUAAGCGAAUUAGGAAUAGCUGGGUAGAAAUCAUGGCACCAGUCUUCUCAAAAGCAGCAUGGCAAUGUGUUUGGUACAUGAUGAUCCAGAAUGAUCAAAUUCAUGCUUGGGGUUUGGAUAGACAGUAUGGUUAUUGUGCUGAGGGUGACAGAACUAAAAAUGUGGGUGUUGUGGAUUCUGAAUACGUAGUUCAUCUUGGACUUUCGACGCUUGCUGUAUUGGAACAAUACAAGGUGCGAAGGCAGUCGUACAUCGAGAUGAAGAUGUUCGGUCAAAGAUGGAACGAUGCAACGAAAAAUGCCGAGUGUUGGAUCGAUAUAUACCAAAAACAUUGA